AAAAAACCUUGUACAUGAAUAUCCGAAAUAAAUUUUUGUCACGUAUUUUUGUACGCCGCUCGAGAGGAAUUUUCUCCGACUAUAUCCGAUUGGAUUCUUGCGAUGCGCGAUUGAAGGAUCCUAUUUCACUCGCCACUUCCGAGACAGGCCUGUUGCCGGCCCUGGAAUACAUCUACAUUCAUACAAACCGUGACGUAGCGGCGAGGCGAAGCGAAAAAAAAAUACUGGCUAGCGGGCGGGAUCCAGUGUGGGAUCGGAGCGCGUCAGGCGGAGAGCCGCUAUCUCGUCCAGCGAGGUUUUUCCUAUCGCUACCUCUCGAAAUCUCGAGCUCCGGGCUGAUAACACUCUUUCAAACCGGAAGUACUCGCGAACCCGCGCUGAAUCGCGCCAAUCGGACGAUCCUUGCGACAGCGAAGAUGAGUUUCAAUCCCAUGAAAUGGAAAACGAGAUCUAUCUUGCACGGCAUUCUAGGCGCUUUGGUUCUUUACUCAUUAUUUGUUUAUAAGAAGAAACAUCAAGUGAUGUUCGAGGGCAUCAUAAAUAAGUCGGAUCCCAAACUGGUGUGGGAGUUCGUGGCCGAUUUUAGCAACAUGAAAAAAUUGAAUCCAACAAUAGAAGAUUUUACUGUGAUCGACGAAGGCGGGAAUUACGAUCACUGGGAAUACUCCGUGCGGUACACGGAACAUCUGAGUCAUCUGCCGAUGAUCCGUAAUGUAGCGCACGGACACUACGCCGUCAAGCCGGACGACAAUGGCUAUGUCAUCAGUUCCAGGCAUCGGACCUGCUUCUGCUUCGAUUUCUUCUGUCUGAAUACCAUUUCGCAAUUCAGAUUCGACGCGGAUGGCGCGGAGGACACGAAAUGCAUCGAGACCGUGCAGUACGAAUGCCCAAUCGCAUUUUCGCCGCUGUGUCGCAGAGAAGUCAUGUACCAGCGAGAGGAGAUCCUGAAGAAGCUGAAGUCGGAGUUCGCGAUUGGCAACAGGAGAGAAAAUUAGGGGCACCACUGCGCGGGAUGCUACGCACGAUGCACUUCUCUAGCUCGCGAAAUUCUUUUUUUUUUAUUAAUAAAACGAAGCACGUUAUUUUCUUGUAUGUUUAAAUUAAAUGAUAAUAAAAAGUGCCUACGAAUGCCAUGCAAGA